AAGAAUAGCUGCAUAAAUCAGUUGGAAACACCGCCCAAACCAAGCCCGACCCAUCGUCAAGAACCCAGAAAAACCACAAGAUGGCAUUAACAAUUUAACGCCCUAAAACUGUUCAUAGCUGUGUAAAGGACCUCCCCGCCGCCGUACAUUCUCCACAAUGGCAACCAGCAGGCGACUGAGAGCGUUCAAGCGGUGGAUGAGGUCCCAAGGCAUCGAGUACAGCGACGCGCUUGGCUUCACGGACAGCCCCGACGGCGAGGGGAUCGCCGUCAGAGCGCUGUGCGAUCUCAAGGUAGGAGACAUGGUGGCGAGAAUACCUAAGGUUGCGUGCCUGACCAUGAGGACCAGCGGGGCAAGUGACCUGAUCGAAGCCGCCGGGUUAGGCGGUUCUCUGGGGCUCGCGGCGGUGCUCAUGUACGAGAAAAGCUUAGGGGAAGACUCACCCUGGGCUGGCUACCUCCAGCUCUUGCCUCCUCAGGAGUGCUUGCCCUUGCUUUGGACUCUGGACGACCUGGACUCUCUCCUACGUGGCACUGAGCUCUACAAGACUGUGAAAGAAGACAAAGCUCUUAUUUAUGAGGACUGGAAAGAUAGUAUUCUGCCCCUCUUGGAUUCACCACCUUUCAAUUUGGAUCCAAAAUGUUUUGGCAUUGAACAAUACUUUGCUGCCAAAAGUCUUAUCACUUCUCGGUCUUUUGAGAUAGAUGAGUACCAUGGAUCUGGAAUGGUUCCUUUGGCAGAUCUUUUCAAUCACAAGACAGGAGCAGAGGAUGUACACAUCACCUCUUUAUAUUCUCAUUCUGAUUCUGAAAGUGAUACUGAUACCAACAAAAGUGAUGUGUUUGUUGAUACUGAUGACUAUGAAAAGUUGAUUCAAGACUCUUACUCUGAUCGGGAAGGAUCAAAUACAACUCUUGUUGCGAAGAAUACUCGUCGGGGUAGUGACUUGGACUUCUCUUCGGUUUCCAGGGAUGAUACCCCAGUGUUAGAAAUGAUUAUGGUGAAAGAUGUUGAAGUUGGAGCCGAGGUUAGAUUUUGUUCUUAUUCAGGGAGUUGCUUCCCCAAUCACUUUCUCGCAUCAGUGAUUUCAGUAGUGUGUGGGUGUGAGGUCUUUAAUACAUAUGGAUCGUUGGGUAAUGCUGCAUUGCUUCACAGAUAUGGAUUUACAGAGCCAAAUAAUCCAUUUGACAUUGUAAAUAUCGAUAUGGAACUAUUACUCCAAUGGAGUUCGUCUUCGUUUUCUGGCCGGUACAGUAGAACAAGGCUAGCCCUCUGGAGAAAACUGGGUUACUGUGGAUGUGUUAGCCAGAACACUGAAUAUUUUGAGAUUUCAUCUGAUGGGGAACCCCAAAUUGAGCUGCUGAUAUUAUUGUACAUACUGCUGUUGCCAGAGGAUACAUAUCAUAAGUUGGACCUCACAGUGUCAACCGCAGGGAACUUUAAUGGAUCCAUAGGCAUGAUCUUGUCAGAAGAAGGCCAGUUGAGGUGGGAAAAAGCUCCAGAAGUGAGUAAGGAUUUGUUGUUGACAAAGGAUGUUUGUGAUGCUCUUUUGUGGCUGGCAGAUAUGCGAGAGAGUUUUUAUGGUUCUAAUUCAAUUGAAGAUGAUAUUGAAGCCCUUGGGAAUUGUUGCAUAAGAGAGAGAAAGUUGUACCAUUCUUUAGUGCUGCGUAUCAGUGAGAGGAGGAUCCUGGAGAGGCUCAGAACGUAUGCUGCUGUUGGUGCUCAGUCUUUUAGAACUGCUAAGCGAUCCUCAGUGAGGAAAAAGUUGAAGAAGAAAUGAAACUUUGGGCUCUCUCUUUAAACAUCAUAUGUGGCGUUACCUCCAAUUUCUCCUCCAAAUCACAGUAAAGAGGUCCCGCCCCCACCAUUUUGCCAGGCAAUUGUCCACAUUGGUAGAAUAGAUGGCCUGACUUUUUGUUCAAACCCAAGUCUGAAACAUAUUUUCGAGUCAUUUUUUGGGAUUUUUUUGGUCUGCUUAGUUUGCUUUAGAUGAAUCGAAUUCUGCAUUUUUGUAUUAUUUGGCUUAAUAUAUUUGCCUCAGGCAAGUUCUCCCAUAAAAAAUUGAUCCAAUUUCCAUUAA